UCGAUAUCCAUGUUAUUAAACAUAAAGUUCAUUAGAACAAUAAAUCCAACAACACAUAUCAUUUGUACAACUCUUAUCCCUUUAUCACUAAUGUCUAGAUUUAACACAAGAAUUUUGUGUAAUGUUUCCUAGAAAUGCUUCCAUAUUACAUUUGUUUUUGCUUUAUAAAUGUAACUGUUAGAAGACAACUCUGGGAAAGAAUCUCUGAUCUUGCUGUGAAUAUCAAGACCCCCUGGGCAAUUAUGGAAGAUUUUAACUCAGUCCAGAACUCCAGUGAGAGACUAAACUGCCACACCUAUGCUUAUGAUAUGACUGAUUUGUUACAGUUUAAACUCAACAAUGAUCUGAUUGAUGCUAAGGCUACUGUAACUCACUUCACUUGGAACAAAGGCAACAAAUGGGCCAAAUUGGACAGGGUGAUGGUGAAUUGUGAAUGGGAGGCUCUCCAGCGGGAUUGUUGGGCUGAGUUUAAGGCCAUGGAGUUCCAAUCUGACCACUGUCUUGUUCUGCUCCACCUCAUCCAAACUUCUACCCAAGGCCCUAAACCCUUUAAAUUCUUCAACAUGUGGCUUAAUCAUGACUCCUAUGACAAUACUUUGAAACAUGUAUGGGAUAUGAGGUUUAAUGGUACUAGACAGUUUAGACUCUGCAGAAAACUGAAGCUGCUGAAGCAGCCCCUCAAACAGCUGAAUAAAAAGGACUUUGCACAUAUCUCUUCUAGGGCUGAGGAGGCUAGAAAGACUUAUACUGAUCUCAUGGAUAAGUUAUACAAGGACCCUGAUAAAUUGGAAUUACUCCAUCUAGUUGCUACUACCAGGAAGAAAGCCUCAUUCUACUCUGAUGCAGAAAGAUCCUUUUUCCAACAAAAGGUGAAGUGCAACUUUAUUAAUGAAGGGGAUAAAUGCACCAAGUUCUUCCAUGCAAUGGUUAAGAAGAAAAGUAUUAUGAAUUCCAUCCCUGUUUUGAUUACAUCCCAAGGAACUACUACUACUUCUUUGGAGGCUAUUGUUGAGGAAUUCAUUGGGUAUUACAAUCAGAUUUUUGGUAAUACAGUCCCUAAUACCCCUAUGGAUUGGAAUGUGUUUAAAGAGGGGCCCCUUAUCCAACACCAGGAUGCUAUUGACUUGGUCAGUAAUGUGGAUAGAACUGAAGUCAAAGAAGCCCUCUUCAGCAUUGGUGAUGAUAAGGCUCCAGGUCCUGAUGGCUAUACUGCUGCCUUCUUAAAAAAGAAAUGGGAUAUUUAUGGUGAUACUAUUGUUGAUGCUGUUUCUGAGUUCUUUUUGAGUGGGAGACUCCUUAAACAGAUUAAUCAUGCCUUGGUUGUCCUCAUUCCUAAGGCUGCCUUCAUUAAGGGCAGGAGCAUUGUGGACAACAUUCUCUUGGUACAACACCUGGUUAGAGGGGGUAAUGUGGAUUAUGUCAAUGUGUUGGCUAAAGCUAUCAAAAUCUUCUCCCAAGUAUCUGGCUUGCAUGUUAACCCUCUCAAAUCCAAUAUCUUUUUGGCUGGAGAGAUCAAAGACAAGAAAGAGGAUAUCUUAGCUUUGGUGUCUUUCCCUCAGGGUAAACUGCUUGUUAGAUACCUGGGACUCCUUCUUACUUCACAGAGAGCUUCUGAAAGGGACUUUUCCCCACUUGUGACUAAGGUGGAUGAAUAUAUCAGAAAAUGGAAUGCCAAAACCCUAUCUGCUGCUGGUAGAUUGGAACUCAUCAGAGCUGUUAUCCAAGGAAUUGAGGGAUUCUGGUUUCAAGCCUUCCCUAUUCAUAAGUCUAUCUUGGAUAGGAUAACCUCCCUUUGUAGAACUUUCCUUUGGGGGAGCAAGUUCUCUGGGAACUUGAAAACCAGCUUUGUGAAUUGGAUGGGGGAUAUAUCAAUUGCCAAGGUAUAUGAUUUACUUAGAACCAAUGCAGAGAUGAGGCCCUGGAUGAAGGCAAUUUGGAAACCUUACAUCCCACCUAGAUAUUCCUUCUGUGCUUGGUUGAUCUUUCGUAACAGAAUCUCUACCAAAACUAGCCUUCAUUUCAUUGCCAUGGAGAACAGAACAUGUGAACUUUUCCACAAGGAGGAGGAAACUGCCCAGCAUCUUUUCUUCAUCUGUGAAACCUCCACACUCAUCUGGAAUGCUGUCAGAUCAUGGCUUGAGAUUGCACCUGCCCUGUCUACCCUGGACAGAGCCCUUACUUAGCUAAGGAGGCUAAGGAAUAACCACUGCUCCAGGAGGAAGAUGAUAAGGCUGGCUAUUCUUAGCACAGCCUACCAUAUUUGGAGACUCAAGAAUGGUGUGUACUUUGACAACCGGGCCAUCAACAUUGAUGCUAUUGUGUGCAAGAUCAAGUUGGGGGUUUUUAAAAUUAUGAACAAAUUAUACCCCAAUGGUGUUUAAUUUGGCUCCCCCUCCUUGGAGCUUACUGUUUUGGACAUUUCCUGGAUGCUGUUUGUGAUCUUUGUGCUGGCCUCUCCCUUUCCUUGUUGAGGAUUGGUUGGGACUUAUACCUUGGUUGGAGCUUGGACGCAGGAAUAACACUGGGGACCCUAU